CAUUGGUCCACCUCCUUUACAUCCCCAGCGGACAUACGCAUUGUUCAUGUGAUAAAUUUACCAGUUGCCAUGACCGCCCAAACGCAAGCACCUAGUAAAUACAACUUGGUCACGUGAUAAAUUUCCGACUUUACGAGUUGACAAGUACCGUCCAAAUGCAUGAUUAUUCCUAUAAAUAGAAUUUUUGAAGUGGGCGUGUGCUCGGGAGUCGGUGAGUUCCACUUCCUGUAAAUUGUGUUGACACUGGAGCGGAAAUAGGAAGUUUGACAGUAUAGUUCACAGUCCGCAGUUCUCACACAAUUCUAUGUAACAGACUUAAAACGUCUAUGACAUUUAAAACAGAACAUGGACAAGCUUCGUCGUGUAUUAGGCGGUCAAGAUGAAGAGGAUCAAGGCGGGCUGACUGAGAUCCUGGAUGCGUCCACACUCAGCUACAGCACGCGGUUUAAGUGCUUCAUCGCCUGUUUCGCCUGCGGGGUCCUUUCCUCCAUCCUGGGGACUGCAUUGCUUUUCUUACCAAAAGGCACUCAGCUCUUCGCAGUUUUCUACACACUUGGAAAUGUUGCAGCCUUACUAAGUACCUGUUUCCUGAUGGGUCCGCUGAAACAGUUGAAAAGAAUGUUUGAACCAACCCGGUUGCUGGCGACAUGUGUGAUGCUGCUUUGCCUGAUUCUGACACUGUGUUCAGUCUUCUGGUGGCAAAAAAAGGGCUUGGCAAUCCUUUUCUGUAUACUACAGUUUUUGGCAAUGUCGUGGUACAGCAUCUCCUACAUCCCAUUUGCAAGGGAUGCAGUGAUGAAGUGCUUUACCACGUGCCUGAACUGAACUCCUCAUUCUGCCUGAAUUGAGCUCCACUUCCUGUCUGAGCUGAAUUCCACCAUCAAUGUUUUGAGGCAAACAAAAUUCUUUACUCCUGGUCUUUUCCCAUCUGUAUGGACUUAUUUUAGGAGGUUCUGAUGUUGUGUCCAACUUAGCUAUGCUAGCUAUUCUUGCAUUGUUUUCAGUAUCAUGAAGCAUAAUGAGCGAGAAACUUGGAACACUUCAAUAUUCAAGAAUAGCAAAGACAGAACUUUCAAUGUUUCAAGUAUGGAGCUGAUCAUAUAUGGUUAGUUUAUAGACAAUUUGUGACUCCUGAUUCUCUGUGAGCAGAGCUUCACCUCUUUGUGCUGAACUCAGUCUUUGAAUCAGCUCUUUUUGGCUUGAUCUUAUGCAAGCAUGGCACAUCUGCCAAGGGAAUUUAGUUUCUUCUUCUUGAAUGUAUAAGUAACUGUACAUAUUAUUUCCAAACAUAUUUUUAAAUGGCAUGUGUUUGUUAUUCAUAAUUUAUUGAGUGGACAUGGUUAGUUUUAAGUGAAUAUUUUAAUUAGGGGAGAGAUGGUUAGUUUGGAAUAGAUAAAAAGUAUUUAAGACCUUUUUAAAAUGUGCAUUUUCAUAGAAUGUAAUAGUGCCUUUACUGUCUAAUGUGGAGCGGAGGUUGAGGGAUUGUUAAUGUAGUCUGAAAGACCAUUGAGUCUUUGAUAUGUUUCUUAUUUUGUAUGGAGAACAGUAAUGUUUUUCCCCGUGUUUGCUUUGUAUACUUUUUGUAUACAAAAUUAUGGAAUUGUGUUUUUAAAGGUUGUUAACUGCCAUGAUCUGAUUGUAAAAAUAAGCAAAAAUGUAGGGGUUAUAAAAUAAUUAAUCAUAAAUAAUCAUCACUUCAGAAUUGAUGUCAUAAGAGCUCCCACGUGAAUUUGUCAAUAAUAAGCAUAUGGAUGGUUGCAAUUGAGUGGCUCAGUCAGUAAAUGGGCUCACUA